AAGAUAUAAUGUAAUUUUAAUUCUUAUAAAUUACACAUUAUCAAAUAUUAUCACUGAUUCACGGACUCUCAUUUCUCUUUGAUUUCAUGUCGAUGGAGGACACCGCUAAACCUCCACCACAGUCGUCACUCUCCUUACCAUGGAGAACACGCAUUGCUGUCUCCGUUCUCUCCACCGUCACCGACGCAGCUUGCCGGAAAAACGGCACUGUCAACCGUCGUCUUCUUAGCUUCGUCGACUUCCGGAAUCCGCCAACGGCAAAAUCAAUCAACGGCGUAGCGUCACACGACGUAGUUGUAGACGAGGCUCGUAACCUCUGGUUCCGAGUCUACGUACCUACACAGCACGCCGGUGAAGAUCUCCCGGUGAUCGUGUUCUUUCACGGAGGCGGAUUCGUCUUCCUAGCCCCCGAUGUCCUGGUAUACGAUGCCGUUUGCCGUCGGUUCGCGAGAAAAGUGCCGGCAGUCGUUGUUUCUGUGAACUAUCGCCUUGCGCCUGAGCAUCGGUUUCCGGCGCAACACGAUGAUUGUUUCGAUGUGCUUAAGUUUCUGGAUGAUGAAGAGAAUAGGUCAAAAUCGUUGCCGGAAAAUGCGAAUCUGUUGCGUUGCUUUCUCGCUGGAGAUAGCGCCGGUGGAAACCUAUCUCAUCAUGUUGCUCAAAGAGCCUGUGAAUUCAACUUCCAGCGACUCAAGGUAAUCGGAGUAGUAUCAAUUCAACCGUUCUUCGGCGGAGAAGAGCGGACGGAUUCCGAGAUCCGCCUUGAGGGAACACCAAUAGUCUCAAUAAAACGAACAGACUGGAUAUGGAAUGCAUUUCUACCACAAGGGGAAGGGUUCAACCGGGACCACCCAAUCAUCAACGUUAGCGGUCCAAACGCGGUGGAGAUAUCAAAACUAGACUUUCCGGCGACGAUGGUGGUGGUGGCGGGGUUCGACGCGUUACAUGACUGGCAAAAAAGGUACUAUGAGUGGCUGAAAAAGUCAGGGAAAGAAGUGUAUUUGUUUGAGUAUCCAAACAUGUGCCAUGCUUUCUAUAUCUUCCCGGAAUUGCCUGAAUCUGGACAACUUAUUGGGCAGGUGAAAGACUUCAUUCACAAGGUGGACACCUUAACAUUUUAUUGGUGA